AUGCACGUCACCACGGAAUACAGUCAUUUUCUCAACAAGACACGUCUUGACGAAUACAAAGAGAUUGUCGCAGCCAUUUGUGUUCAAAACCUCUCUAGAUGGACCGAAGCAAUUGCAGAGAUCAGCACAUGGCCUGAAUACGAACUACAGAUAUUGCACUCACUGCCUUAUUGGACGGGGCAACUUGGUAUUAGAAAACUGUUCUUUAAGGACGAGAUUAAGCAAUUUGGUGCCUCUCUUAGAUCCUUGAAAGCGCUUGAUGCCCCGUACGCUGUGUUUAAGAUCCUCGCCGAGGAAGUCUUUUCGAAAACUGGCGUUGGGCCGACGUCAGAGGAGCUUUAA